AUGGCUGAAGCUGAAAGAUAUAUCGACGUUUUCACUAACGCCAUCAACAGGUUUUCAAAGCAUUUGCACAAAGAGUUGAAGAAAGAAAAUAAUACUUUAUUUUCGUCUGUCGGCAUCCACACAUUUCUGACUAUCCUUUCUCAAGACUCCUGGUUUUACAACAAAGAUAUUUUCAAUAGAGCGUUAUACCUCGAAGUUAAUAUUGCAUCUACACGUUACAAAGAGAUGUUUGAUGUUUUUAGCAAUAUUAAUAAUGUUGUCAUUGCUAAUGCGUCCUUCUUGAAAUCGAACCAAGUUCAGGAAGUUUUCAAAAACCGUCUCAGGGAUAAAUUUGCUACUGAAGUAAACUUCUUGGAUUUUACCACAGCUAUAAACGCUUGGAUCUGUGAUCUGACACAUCAAGAAAUUACGCCAUUUAUCAACUUGAAGGAUGAUGCGAAUGUUACAUUUUUAAAUGCAACCUGUUUUAAAAAUAACUGGACUGAACCAUUUUCCAUGGAUGAAACGUUGCCCGCACCGUUUUACUUGAACGAACAAAACACGGUGCAGGUUCAAAUGAUGAGGAAGAAAGGAAAUUUUUAUUUUGCGAAUUAUGCACCCCUAGACGUAAAAAUUUUAAAAUUACCAUUUGCGGGUAAUAGUGUAAGCCUUGUAGUCCUUUUGCCCAGGAAAGGUACAGAUAUUAAUAGAUUUAUACAGCAAAUUUUUUUUGAUUUUUAUCUUACGGAAUUCAUAAGGAAUAUGACUAAACAGCAGGUGGAUGUUUCAUUUCCCAAGUUUAAAAUGUGUGAAAAUUUAAAAUUGAAGCAAUAUCUAAGUAAGGUAAGAAACUUAUUACCUUGA